AUAACCUCAAUUUUCAAAUGAGAUUUAUUAUUUACAUCUGUGCGAAUUUAAAAAAUGGCCCAAUCAAACAAUCUAAUGUUGGAAUUAAACGAAGCGGUGUUGAAGAAAACCACGAACUUGUCGUUCUUGAACGACCGAGUGGCCGGUUACAACUGGAACGAAGGUCUAAAUUACGAAAAACUAUUGCAAAGUUACCUGCACAGCGGUUUCCAGGCCACAAAUUUCGGCCUGGCCGUCGAAGAAGUCAACAAAAUGCUGCAUUGUAGAAAACAACCGAUUCCCGAAGAAAAAUUCAUCGAUAACGACGACGAAUUUACAGUUGUUAAGAAUAAUUGUACCAUAUUCUUAGGGUAUACGUCCAAUCUUAUAUCUAGUGGUUUAAGAGAAACUAUCAAGUUUUUAGUUAAGAAUAAAAUGGUUGAUUGUAUUGUUACUACAGCAGGUGGUGUUGAAGAAGACAUAAUAAAAUGCCUCGCGCCCACUUUCGUAGGCGAUUUCCAUUUAGACGGUAAAACGUUGAGAGAAUGCGGUAUAAACCGAAUAGGGAAUUUACUAGUACCAAACGACAAUUACUGUAGUUUCGAGAAUUGGAUCUUACCGAUUCUCGACGAGUUAUUGAAAGAACAAAACGACGGAGUACUGUGGACCCCUAGUAAAAUAAUCGAAAGGCUAGGCAAGGAAAUAAACAGCGAAGAAAGCGUAUACUAUUGGGCUGCGAAGAAUAAAAUUCCCGUGUUUUGUCCCGCUUUAACCGAUGGAAGUCUCGGCGAUAUGAUGUUUAUGCAUUCUUUCAAGAAUCCCGGAUUAGUAGUCGAUAUUAUAUCAGAUUUACGAAGGAUUAAUUUAAUGGCGAUGAAAUCUGUACAUACUGGUAUGAUCAUACUAGGCGGAGGGCUCGUUAAACACCAUAUUUGCAACGCUAAUUUAAUGAGAAAUGGAGCUGAUUAUUCGGUAUUCAUAAACACCUCUUCGGAAUUCGACGGUAGCGACGCAGGAGCCAGACCAGACGAAGCCAAAUCCUGGGGCAAAAUAAAAAAAGACGCCGCCCCUGUUAAAAUAUACUCAGACGCAACCCUCGUUUUUCCUCUACUAGUCAGCCAAACAUUCGCUAAGGAUUUCUUUACUACCAGCCAAUAAACUCACG